GACGCACAGGAGGGAGGUGAUGUUUAGACAUUCAGUCAGAACUACUGCAAGUCCACAACACGUGAGCAGAGGGACCAGGUGUGCGUUAAUGUUGACACCAUGAUAUGUCAGGCUGCCUGGAUUGACUUAUGAUGUGUAAAACAGACGUGAAUAGUAAUACAACCACUAACAGCUAAACAUAGCAUUUAAAAGUAACGUUAGCUUAGUUAAAUUAGCUUGCUAGCUUAGUCGGCGAAUGCAUUUUUUUUUUCUUUACAAAAGAACAAUAAACUUCAUGAUGCUGUGCUGGUAAGAGGAAAUGCUGGGCGGCUGGCCAGUGAGAAGAAAUAUGUUUUUCACCUGCUACUGAGCUCUGUGUGCCAUUCAAUGGGGAGAAUCAACAUGGAGUUUAUACCCAGUAGCUCUUCUUUUGGGACUCUACUGUUAGUCUGACUGAGGCAAACUACCUUCACUUAUGGCUAGUCUCGAGAGAAACAACAAAAUCCUGCUAGAUUUGGUGCGACAGUCAGGUAACAACUUGUGUGCUGACUGUGGAGCUCCAGGUGAGUACGCUGACAAAGCUUCAUAGCCACAAUAUGUUCAUUUUGAAAUGACACAUACAUCUCUCUGAUUGGUUUACAACAACGCAUGUUUUGUCAAAGACCAUUGUACCUGAUGUCUGUGAGAAUUAACAUGUUUUCUUUAUUAAAGUUUAAAGAAUGGUAAACAAUAACCUGUACCAUGAGGCCAUGUGGUGCUGUUUGUUAACAUAACUUUUAUUAUUCUUUUUUUUAUCAGUAUUGUUUUAGAACCAAGUCACGUUUCAUAAUCAACUUUCAUAAGGGGGAAGUGGCUGCUGCUAUAUUCUGCAGCAUGACCUCACUGUUCCUCCUCUACCAGUCCGCCACCAUCACUGACGACAACAGCGCAUAAAGUUCAUUGUAACCUGACUGGGCCUCCUACACUCUCGGUGUCUUUGUGUGCCUGAACUGCUCAGGGAUGCAUCGCAACCUGCCUGCUGUCAGCAAAGUGAAAUCCAUUCGUCUGGAUCGCUGGGAGGAUUCACUUGUAGAGUUCAUGCAGAAGAUGGGAAAUUCUGCAGCCAGAGCCAUUUAUGAGAAGUACGUCCCUGCCUUCUUUUACCGGCCGCAACAAAAAGACUGCAAUGUUCUUAAGGACCAGUGGAUCCGUGCAAAGUAUGAAAGAAGAGAAUUCACAGGAGAAAACAGCCACUGUCAGCAAGUCUAUAGUUCUGACGUGUUUGAGUCGACACUAUGGAAGAAGGGCAAAGACAACAAGCAGUUUCUUAAGAGGGUUUUCCUGCUGUCCCGCAAAGACUUCACCCUCAGAUACUUCAUCAAAGAGGAUUCCAAGGUCCCCAAAGCGGUCAUCUCCAUGAAGGACCUGAAUGCAGUUUUCCAGCCAGAGAAGAUCGGCCAUGCUCACGGCCUGCAGAUCUCCUACCUGCACGACGAGCGCAUGAGGAAUCUGUUUGUGUAUCAUGAGAAUGGACAGGUAAUUGUAUCCUUGUUCAAUGCUAUCCGGGCAACACGCUUGGCAUACCUGCAGAAGAAACAUCCCACUCUUCAUGUUAAUGACUUAAUACCUCAGAUAACAAGACAUUGCCUGAAGGAGGGCUACAUGGAGAAAACUGGCCCCACGCAACGGGAGCCAUUCAAGAAGAGGUGGUUCACACUGUGCUCAGGGAACAGAAAGCUUCUAUAUUUCAAAUCUCCACUGGACGCCACAGAGUUGGGCGCCGUCUUCAUCGGCACAGAGAGCCACAGCUACUCUGUCUCAGAGAUUAGCGGCCGGAGCACGAGGGGAGGCCGGUGGCACUGUGGCAUCACGCUGCAGACUCCAGGCAGGCAGUUUGUGUUCAUGUGUGAGCAGGAGCAGGAGCAGAGGGAGUGGUUGGAGGCCAUUACAAAGGUCAUCUCUCAAGCCAUGACCCCAGAGGACUACUCUAACGAAGCCAACCUGGGACGGGGGAAAUGACUGGAAAGGAUCUACCUGCUGGAUGUAAUAACUAUCCUUUUUGGGACAUAUAAGACUGAAAGGCUUACUUCCAAAGGACGUCCUGAACCUGUCAGUGGACCGCUUCGACAUUGCUGACAAAUGAUCAGCUCUCACUUUGCACAGACUACAGUUUCCGUAAUUAUAAUAUAUCACCUUGGAGAAGCGGAAUAUCAUGAACUGAUUGUUGUGAUGUUACAUAAAACAUUUUUUUUGCAACCAAAUAUUGUAUUUAUUGAAAGGACUAGACUAGUAUGCAUGUAUAAUUUGCCUUAUUUGUGGUAACUUUGUUAUUGCAGAUGUUUUGCACAUUUUCAAAAGAUAAUGUUCAUCUCUCUCACACGCUGUUUCAUUUUUAGCUGUCUGUAUAGUUCUCUUCAUAAGUGUAAUAAAUAUACAACACAAAUGAUUCCUGAAAUUCCAGAGUUAUGUUCCAAAACAGGAACAAAGGUAGCGAUGCAUCACAGGAGACCACUGAGAAUGAUAUCAGCCAUUGCUGAGGUGCCUGUAUUUUGUCAUGUUAUUGUGAUAACCAGGCCAACCAAGCCAAGUGGAUACUCCAGGUCCACCACACCCAGAUGGGACUCUGCGUUAACCAUGACACAAUUAGUUUGUUGUAAUUCAAUUUUCUUAUUUGUUACUGUAAAUUACACCAUGAACUGAAAAAUCAGGUCCAUAAGGUAACAUCUAAUACUAAAUGUCAACCCUUUUUUUUAGGUCUUAAUCAUUUCAACUUAUAUUGUGUUUACAUGGUGAACAUCUUUAAAUAAAUGUGUGCUUAAAACACAUGCGAUAUAUAUUGUAUAACAAAUAUAUGUAGGCUGCACUGUAUCUAAAUAGCUGCUGUUAGUCUGUCUUCAGUGGUGGAAAGUACAUUUUCUAAAAGGAUGAGUUCACCCGCAAAUUUAGAUUCAGUUAUUAAGCAGUGCAUUUAACUACAACUUUUAUGUACUUAGACUGUAGUAUUUUCUAUUUUGAGCUAUUUUCUAUUUCUACUCCACCACAUUUUGAAGGGAAAUACUGAAGGCUAUUUUUUACUCCAUGUAUGUGACAGGAACAAACAGUAUAUGAGGGAUGGUAUUUAAAAUUAGCAAUGUUAUAAUAGUUUAAUAAUCAGAUAAGAGGCAGCAUUGCAAUGACAUGGGCCAUUCUACAGCCUAAAU